CUUUUCAUGAAGGCGAACACAUUUGCCACGAUUUCCCUCGACUGACUCUGAAUCACUUUGCCUUGCAGCGUCGACCUGGUCGAGGGAAUGGCAUUCCCUGCAUUGGACAUGCUCGUUGUCGCUCGCUGCGACCGAUAUUCACAGCUCUGUAGAGUAUUUCCUGGUCGCCGUCCCAUUGCGCGCUUGGAUAUCAGAGGGCGGCCCAGCAGACGCUUCCUCGGCUCGCGGUGGCAUUGUUUUGUUUGCCAGCUGAUCGCGAGUCGCGAGGGUCGCGAGCCUGGCUGCUGCGGGACCCGUCGUAUUGGUGUCUUGGUGUCAAUAUUGAUACUCUUGAGGAAGGAUAUUUUGCUGUAUCGGUGUUUCAGGUGAACUCACUGAAUCCUGUUUUCUGUGCUUUUUAUGAUUGAGAUGCUAAUAUAACUACAGGGCUUAAGCUCAGCAAAAACAUGGGUGGAUCUGUGAGCACUGGUGUUGAUAAUGAUGAUCUGGUGGACAAUUUAUAUGUUGCAAACUACAUUAAAACACCUAUUGUGGAGCGAGUAUUUCGGGCUGUGGACCGUGCCAUGUACUUUACACCAUUAGGCCGUGACAGCGCUUAUAAAGACUUGGCAUGGAAGAGUGGGAACAUCCAUUUGUCAGCACCUUGCAUAUACUCUGAGGUCAUGGAAAAUCUUAAUCUUGGACCAGGAAUGAGCUUCUUGAACCUUGGUUCAGGCACAGGCUAUCUUAGUACAAUGGCAGGGCUCAUUUUAGGAUCCUUUGGCAUAAACCAUGGAGUUGAGAUUCACCGUGAUGUGAUAAAUUAUGCUCUAGAGAAAUUAGAGGAAUUCAAAAAAACAUCAGCUGCAAUGGAUGAAUUUGACUUUUGCGAGCCCAAGUUUGUUGAAGGCAAUUGUUUGCAGUUGGACUCUUGUUCUAUGAAGUAUGACCGAGUGUACUGCGGUGCUGCUUGUCCUUUGUCUUCUGAGUCGUACAUGAAUAAUUUACUGAAGGUUGGAGGUAUACUUGUUGUACCUCUAAAUGAUCGUUUGCUUAAAAUAACUCGAGUGUCAGAAACGGUUUGGGAGAAAAGGUCAAUAUUGCCUGUUGCUUUUGCCAAUUUAAUUGGGGUAUCAGCGUCACACACUGUUAUUUUACCUAAAGUUGAACCCAUUCCCUUGAUGGAUGCAUGUCGUACAGCCAUAAGAAGUAUUUUACAAUCUGCCGUUGAUCAUGAGCAUCCUGAGCUUAAAUUCCGCUCAAAAAACAAAACAAAGAGGAAUCGAACUCUUCAACGUUUAUUUAUUCCUAUGUUGGGAGAGUCAGAAAAUAUAGUUAUAACUGGCUUAAACCACCGGGACGAUAGUAUGUCGAGGGCUGAAGGUGAUAAUCCAGACCUAGCCGGUUCAGACAGGCCAUUAAGGGAUAAUGUAAACAUAUCACCUACCCCUAGCAGAGAUAUUUCUCGAUAUCGUAUACGUGUUCGUCGAGAACCUAGAUCCUCCUCCGACAGUGAUGAUUCUAGCACUAGUAGUAGUCUAGCGAGUAUUUGUCAAGUGCAACGGGCAAUUUAUCAAGCUAUGGCAGCUGAUAAUAGCCGUGGUAUAUCUGUACAUCCUCUAGAUGCAAUAUUCCCUGCUUUGGCAUCUGUGUCCCAAUUAGAUGCUUCUGAUAAUAUUGAAAAUUCAGAUUUAAGUGCAGAUUCAAUGGAUGUGGAUCAAAUUGAGGCUCAGCCAGAAACUGAAACUGCCUCUCCCCAAAACAAGGAGGGUGAAGGGAGACCAAAAAGGAUGCCUAAUAAACGCAAGGAGGCUGAAUUAGAGGAAAAUGAUGAUCCGUCUCAUUGUGUGAGAUCUUCUCAAGCAAGCAGUAGCAGUUCAAGUGCUAGUGAAUUAAAAGAAAGUAAUUCUAGUAUAAAAAAGGGAGCCAAAAGAGAGAAAGUGGAUAGUGGCAUAGUUGAUGAUAUUCUUGACAAAAAUUGGGAUAUAUCUCCAGAUUCAUCCUUGAACAGCUCAGGGGAUAUGAAUAAUUCUGAUAUAUCUCCCUCUGACUUAGGGUCUGACAUGGAUUUUGAAUCUGACUCUGAUUCGGAAGAAGAGGGUAAUAAAAUUGAUAAGCCUGACAGGAAAGUUUUUCAUGGAAAGGGCAAGAAAAGGGUAAAACCAGCACAAGACCACAAGCAAGUGAACACAAAGGAAUAUGUUAAACUAAUGCGUGCUAAAAUUCAGCAAUUACCACUGCCACAAAGCGUAAAGUUAUUUAUUAAUUAUUACCGAGAUCUGUGAUAUGCUUAGAAAACGAUAUUUUCACAUUUUACCUGAAUCACCUGCUGUAAUAUAGAUGUUCAGUUAUAAAAUGUAUUGUGUAUUUUGUUGUCCAGUAGAAUCAUUUAUUUCUUAACUAUCAAGUUUUAAUGUAUAAGUUUUCUUUUUGUACUACUGUAAAUGUCAUUUGUGAUUGGUGGAACUGUGUACUUAAAUCUAGAAUAAGAGAUUGUGGCUAUUUCAAUCUUGAGGAUAACAAGUAGCUUAUCAAAUAUAAAAUUAUCAGUAUUUGAAAUAAUGUAGAGUAACUUAGCUAAUAUAUGUAUUCUUUCAAUACUUUGUGCUUGAGUGUUGGGCAAAGUACAUUUUGCACCGCUUUGAAUUUUAAAUGCCACAUGUUGCUUUCAUGAAGGUACAAAAUUAAAUACCCUCUUACCCUCCUAAUGUAUGAUUUGUUUGUCCAAUAAAUUUUCUAUACCGACAAAUUCUCUUGAAAA